UUAGACCAUUGCAAGCUGAAAUGGGUCAGCGUUUAGAAGGUGGAAGCUUAAUUCAUCGCCCAAAUAUUCUGUCUCGUGGAGGACAGCCAAACUUCCCUGUUGAAGCAUUAGCUAAGCAGGGAGUAUCUGUACAGCAGAUUACUGUGCCGAAAGAUGUAAGCAUCCCAACCAACUCUGGUGAUGGGAAGCCAAUUCUUCUCAAGUCUGGCCAGUCAGUGAUGGUCAUCAAAACUCAGAAAGGCAUCUACCUUCGUCUCUCUGAUGGCAAAAUUGUUGCCAUCCGUGUUCCUCCAGGAAAUGGUGAGAGCACAAGAGUUUGUCUGCCUGGACCCUUGACUGGUUUACUAAGCACAGCAUCUACUAAUGGCAAAUAUCAGUCCAGUGCAUGUAAUAGCACAGAAAAAUGACUUGAAGAAGAUGAGUUGGAGCAACAUCUUACAAGCAGGUAUUAAUCAUGUGCCCAUUGUUAUUACAAUGCCAUACUUUUACUGCUCUCAUUUGACUGCAGUUGCAUUAAAGUUGUAAAACAAAAAUAUCCACCUCAGUAACGUCUUUCUUGAUAAUGUGUAAUAUUGAUAAUGAGAGCAGGAUAAGAGUGACAUAUUUCUUAACUUAUUUGGAAAUUGAACAAGGAGAUUUU